AUGCUUUUAAUUCCAGAUAAUAACUUUAAAUCCCUGCCAUGGCUUCUGGUGGUUAUAGCAGUAUUUUGGAGCUGGCAGCUAAAUGUUUUGGCCCUGCCAAAGAUCGAAACUUAUCACGAAACCUGUAACAAUGAACAGAGAUACGAAAACCAGGUGAUGUGCGAGAACAAGGAGUUCGGUGCUUUGGUUCCGUAUCCGGAUAAUUGUAGUUUGUUCCUGGUCUGUGACUGUCUCUAUCCAACGGUGAAGCUGUGUCCCGCAAAUCUCUGGUGGGAUAAUAAGACGCAGCUGUGCAAUUAUCCCCAAGCUGUGGAAUGUAUAUACUACUCAAUUGAAACGCCAGAGCCUACGGAUGGAACUACCCGAAUUACGCCAGAACCAACAUCCAGUACUCAAAAGAUAACGCCAGAACCCACAGAACCACCAUCUAGUACGGCAGAGAUAACGACAGAAACCAGUCCGCUGAUAACCAAAGAAACGUCCUCUACACCAAGUAACCCCCCAACAUCCAGUUGGGAUUCACCACCUGCACCACCGGGAAUUUCAGAUGACUACUGCCGCAAUAAAGAGGAUGGCUCGGUACAUUAUUAUCCCUAUGAUUGCCAAGCCUAUAUAAACUGCACUUACGGCUGGCCGGUGCUGAAUUAUUGUAUUGAAGACAAGGUUUUCAAUAGGUACCUGGGCAUUUGCGAUACUCCCGAUGUUGCUGACUGCGAGGAGCUGCCCAUUCCCACAACCACAACAGAAAUACCGCCCACUUCAACGACUGAGGAGGAUGUGGUUUGCGGUCCAACGCCGGAGGGAAUUGAAGAGGAUUAUUGUGUGCCGAAGGGAAAUGGUUUCUAUGAGUAUCCUUACAAUUGCAGUGGAUACUUGGCCUGCAAGAAUGGGUGCACCGAUUUGGAGUACUGCCAACCAGAUAAACUCUUUAAUAACUGGCUGCACAUCUGCGAUACACCCGACUCCGUGUGGUGUGAUCCCACGCCAUUCCCCACAACUCCGGGAACAACCCGAAACCCUACAACUCCUUCGGUCACUACAACUCCUUCAAUCUCUUCAACUCCUUCAACUUCUACAACACUUCCUUCUGAUGGUUCCUCUACAACCGAAAUUGUCACUAGCACCACAGAGAUUACGACCACUACCCCUGGACUUCCCUCUGAUGUCGAUCCAAAUGUUUGUAGAGAUGAUAAGGACGGCACUGUUUUUGCCUACAUAGGAAAUUGUUCCGAGUACUUGAUAUGUAAAGACAAUCAGGUGCAAAUGGGUCAUUGUCCUCCUAAUACGCUCUUCAAUCCCGACUGGCUUGUAUGCGAUGAGCCAGAUGAUGUAGUGUGCCUGGGAGAUCGCACCACCACGCCCAUUACAACCACCACGCCCACUACUACUACAGAAAGAACCACUCCCACCACGACUACCACCACAGUGGCCACAACUUUGGGACCAGAUCAGCUUUGCGAUGGUCAAGAGUUGGGUACUUCUUUUCCCUAUACGGAUGAUUGCAGCAAGUAUUAUCUUUGCUUGGGCGACGGCAAAUGGACUUUGGCACCCUGCAUAUAUGCCAGUUACUUUGAUCCCAGCACAGGACAGUGUGGACCUGAUGUGUCGCCCGAUGCUUGUAAAGCCUCACAAGUCACCACCACCACAACCACAACGACAGAGGCCACAACAACCGACAGGGACACCACCACCAAGUCCACAACUCAAGAACCCAUAACCACUGAAAGGACAACCACAACUGUGGCCCCAAAAACUGGUAUUUGUGGUGGUCGAAAUGAGAACGAGAAUAUUGCUUAUCCCAACAACUGUAACAAGUAUAUUGUGUGCGUUUCACCAAUUCCCAUUGCUUUCUUCUGUCCCGAUGACACAUUCUUCAGUUCAAAGUUACAGAAGUGCAUUGAUGAUUGGGCAGAAAGUGAUUGUGAGGGUGAUCAGAGUACCACGACUGUGGAACCAGGCUUUACUAGACCUCCUCCUGAACCCACCAUGUGUACCAACAGCAGUCGGGAUACUUUCCCAUAUCCGGAUAACUGUCAAUGGUUCAUACGCUGUGUGGAUGACUACAUUUACAUGAUGGACGUCUGCAAUUGUGGGGAGUACUACGAUCCAAUUACUGAAAAGUGUGGAGCAGAUGUGCCUUCAGAUGCCUGUCGAUGGGAUUACACUUCAACCACAUCCACUACCAGUGAGCCGACCACGACCACAGCGGUUACGAGACCGCCACCCCAGAAAGGACCAUGUGACAAUGUCGAGGAUGGUGCUCUUGUCGCCUAUCCCAACGAUUGCUCGAAAUAUAUUAAGUGCGAUAGACCCAUUGCGGUGGCCUUUGAAUGCGAUGAAGGAGAUGAAUUUAGUGUGGAGCUUAGAAAAUGUGUGGAUGCUUCACUUGCCAAUUGUUCGUUUACAACCACUGCAAAGCCAUCGGAGUCCACGACGACACCAAAAGACGGGGAAGGCUCAACAACGCCUUCUGAACCACCGACAUCAUCAUCUUCAGAAUCCUCCACAGAAUCAUCUACAGAAUUAACAACCGAAUCAACAACAGAAUUAACAACAGUAUCAACAACACAAUCUACAACAGAAGCAUCCACAGAGUCAACUACAGAAUCAACUACAGAAUCAUCUACAGUAUCAUCUACUGAAUCUUCUGAAUCGCCCUCAACAAUUUCUACAACACCGGAAUCUUCUACAAUUGAACCAGGAUCAACAACACCAGAAGGCACUACUUCUACCAAGCCGGCAGAGGGAAUUUGUGAAGGCAAGACAGACGACUCUUUGGUACCCUACCCGAGAAACUGUACCAAGUAUAUAAAGUGCCAAUAUCAAAUACCAGUUGGUUACGAUUGUCCGGAUGGCUUGGAAUUUAGUCCCACGGAACUGACUUGCAUGGACCCCGAACUAGCUGGUUGCAGUACUAAGUUAACCACAACAGGACUUACAACAGAUGCUUCGUCUUCACCGGUAACUACUGUCUCAACAACACCAGAGGUUACUACAGAAUUGCCAAUAACUCCAAAGACCACUACUACCGAGUCAACAACAAUACCAACAACUACCACAGAAUCAACUACAGAUUUAACCACUCCCUCAACAACUACAACCGAAUCAACAACUCCCAAAACAACUACCACGGAAUCAACAACCGCUUCAAUAACUCCUGAAACAACUACCACGGAAUCAACAACUGUUUCAACAACUCCGAAAACAACAACUACCGAGUCAACAACUACCACAGAUUCAACAACUCCUGAAUCAACUACCACAGAAUCAACAACCGUUUCAACAACUCCGAAGACAACAACCACCGAAGCAACAACAGUAUCAACAACCGAAUCGACAACCACUGUUGCUACUACAACAACUCUGGAUCCGUACACCCCUAAUAUUUGCUGUGGCCAAGCUCUUGGAACUUUGCUUCCGUAUCCCAAUGACUGCGGUCGCUAUGUCGUUUGUGACUAUCCCAUUCCAUAUGCCGUGGAUUGUGAUGAGGGAUCGAUCUUCAAUGAUGAACUUCUUCAAUGCACCUCUGCGCCCAAUGAAAGGUGUCUUUUUAUUGAAUUUUAA